AUGAAGCGCAGUACAUUUAUCACAGAUUCGAUUUAUCCGCCGCAUGUGAUAGUUAACGUUUUUAGAUUGGUACUGGAAGCAAAACUGAAUCUCCGGGAAAACUUAGCAUUUCCUCGGAAAAUAAUAUUCAACUAUCUGUUUCCUAAGGAUCCUGGUAUAGUAAGAGUAAAGAAGCCAGAACAAAUUCAAACAGCAAACAAUGUAACAUUGGAUUUUGCCGGAUUGGUAGAGAGAUAUGGUUAUCCCACUGAAGAACAUUACGUCACAACGGAAGAUGGUUAUAUCUUGGUAAUAUAUAGGAUAUUAAGAAGUCCACUGUCUAAAGAUUAUCGAAGAAAAAAAGUUGUGUUUCUUCAACAUGGUCUUAUAUGUUCAUCUGACUGUUGGGUGAUAAUCGGUCCUGAGAAAGAUCUUGCAUUCUUAUUGGCUGAUAAAGGAUAUGACGUAUGGCUUGGAAAUUUCAGAGGAAAUUCUUAUUGCAGAUCACAUAUAAAAAUAUCUCCAAAAAAUAAGGAAUUUUGGCAAUUUAGUUAUCACGAGAUGGGAACGAGAGACCUGCCAACUAUGAUUGAUUACGUACUUAGUUACACAAAACAACAAACUUUGCACUAUAUUGGUCAUUCGAUGGGAACUACCACGUUAUUCAUUUUACUAUCCAUGAAACCCGAAUACAAUGCAAAAAUAAAAUUGGGAAUCUGUCUUGGUCCGGUUGCUAUUUGGAAAGAAAGAAUUCCUUUACCAGAAAAUAUUUUUAAUAAAAUACCAAAGAUUAUGGAAUUUCUUUAUUCUAAUGAAAUAUAUGAACUGGCCUCCUUAUCGUCAACGAGCAUCACGGUGGGAAGAACAUUGUGUACAGAUAAGGCAAUUACUCAGAUUGUCUGCGUUGCAAUAAUAUUUCUACUCUUCGGAUUUGAUCCAGAGCAAUUCAAUACUACGGCAUUGCCGGAAAUAUUAUCGAAUUAUCCGAACGGCGCUUCCGUGCGAACAUUGGAACAUUAUGUCCAAAAUAUAGUUACAAAGAAAUUUCAAACUUACGAUUAUGAAUAUGCUGACAGUUACAAGCAAUAUGAGCAGACACCUCUAACGUAUGAUUUAAAAAAAAUUACUACUCCCUUAGCUUUGUUCUACGGUGCUAACGAUAUGGUUGCUUUAAAAUCGAAUGUCCUCGAAACAUAUAAGCACCUGCCGAAUGUAAUUCUGUUGGAGGAAAAUCAAUAUAAAUUGUUUACCCAUUUGGAUUUUUUAUGGGCCAUUGAUGUUAAAACCCUACUAUACGAUCGUUUAAUAGAAGUACUUCAGAAAUUUGAUAAUGACUUGUAGACAAUCGAUGAUAAAUUAAUCUGUGUCUAAUACUUUCUUGUUAAAAACAUUUUAUUUGUUUACUUUCAAAUUAUAUAUGAUACUCAUUUUUUGAAAAAAAAA